AUGAGGGUCAUCGUCACAGGAGCAUCAGGCGUGCUUGGUUCCGCAGUUCACAAUGCUUUCAAGACCACUGGUGUUGAUGUUCUCGGCUUAUCGUACUCACGAGCAAGGGAAGGACUUGAGCAACUAGACCUCACCAGAAAAGAGGACGUUGAGAAGGUUUUCAGUCAGUUUAAACCCGAUUGGGUAAUACAUUGUGCUGCAGAGAGAAGACCUGAUGUAGCUGAGAAGGAUCCUGAGAGUGCGCAGCGCCUAAACGCUGACGUUCCGGCGUAUCUCGCCUCCCUUUCCAAAUCAUUGAAAUUCAAACUUGUAUAUAUCUCUACAGAUUAUGUCUUCGACGGAACAUCUCCGCCGUAUACACCUUCUUCUCCUACCAAUCCUCUUCAACUCUACGGCCGAACAAAGAGGGACGGCGAGGUUUCCGUUUUGACAGUUGAUAGUGCCAAGGUCAUCGUUUUGCGGGUCCCAGUUCUCUAUGGCCCCGCGCCCAAGAACUCAGAUAGCGCAAUAAACAUCUUGCUAGACGUCGUUCAAGACCGCUCCGGUAAAAAGUACAAUAUGGAUCAUUAUGCUACCCGCUACCCGACCAAUACGAUUGACAUUGCCAACUUCCUCGUACGGCUUACUGCACUCAAAUCCCCAAUCCCACCGAUUUUGCACUAUUCCAGCGACGAGCCUUUCACCAAGUACGAGAUCUGUCUCACGUUCGCGAAGAUCUUGGGCCGUCCUCACGAUCAUAUCAUACCGAACGCGGAGGCACCUUCAGGUGCGGACGCAACGACGCGACCACGGGAUUGCCAUCUCUACACUCGGGAAACGGAGGAUCUUGGAGUCGAGGGUGGCCUUGGAUUGUCGUUGUUCGAAGAAUGGUGGACGGAGUAUCUCAAGGUGUAA